GCGACUCAUUAGGCACUCCAUCUCAUCACUCGUAAUAUCUGUCCUUGCUCUCUUAAACAAACUCUGCCCUUUCAUGAUCGUAUUCUCCAUUUUAUCUCUUUAGCUUCUCUUUCACUUUCUCUUUUAGCCUCGCUUUUGCUCAGCUGUGGAGAGAUGGCGGCCAAUGGUAACGGAGAGGUGGUGUUGAAUGGGAAAGGUGCGGCGGCGCCUACGAGGUCAGGGCUGAGAAAAAUCACGACGAGUGACAAACACGAUGGGAUAUGUCAAGAUAUGAGCGCGCCUACCGUGAAGGCUCAGACAAUCGACGAGCUUCACUCUCUUCAGAAGAAGAAAUCUGCACCUACGACACCCAUUAAAGGAUUUCAAGGUGCGGCUUUCGCGGCUAUAUCUGAAGAAGAACGCCAAAAACAGCAGCUCCAGUCCAUCAGUGCAUCUUUGGCAUCCUUGACAAGGGAAACUGGACCAAAGGUGGUAAAAGGUGACCCAGCUAAUAAGAUCCAGCCCAUUACAAAAGAUCACCACCACCACCAUCGCCACGUCACUGCACCCACCAUAAGCGUCAGUGACAGUUCCCUGAAGUUUACUCAUGUUCUCUACAACCUCUCUCCUGCAGAGCUUUAUGAGCAAGCUGUAAAGUACGAGAAGGGGUCGUUUAUAACAUCCUCUGGUGCAUUAGCCACCCUUUCUGGUGCUAAGACAGGCCGGGCUCCGAGAGAUAAACGAGUUGUCAAGGAUGAUGACACAAGCGAAGAGCUUUGGUGGGGAAAGGGCUCACCUAACAUUGAAAUGGACGAGCACACCUUCAUGGUUAACAGGGAAAGAGCUGUUGAUUACUUGAACUCUUUGGACAAGGUGUUCGUAAAUGAUCAAUUCUUGAACUGGGACCCUGAGAACAGAAUCAAAGUUCGGAUUGUUUCUGCUAGAGCUUACCAUUCAUUGUUCAUGCACAACAUGUGCAUCCGACCCACUCCUGAAGAGCUGGAGGAUUUUGGUACUCCGGACUUCACUAUAUACAAUGCUGGCCAGUUCCCAUGUAAUCGUUACACACACUACAUGACAUCUUCUACUAGCAUAGAUUUGAAUCUAGCUAGAAGGGAAAUGGUCAUCCUCGGCACACAGUACGCCGGGGAAAUGAAGAAGGGUCUGUUCGGUGUUAUGCAUUAUCUCAUGCCUAAGCGUCGAAUCCUCUCCUUACAUUCUGGCUGCAAUAUGGGAAAAGAUGGAGAUGUUGCUCUCUUCUUUGGAUUGUCAGGUACUGGAAAGACAACUCUGUCUACUGAUCCAAAUAGGUAUCUGAUUGGAGAUGAUGAACAUUGCUGGACUGAGACUGGAGUAUCAAAUAUUGAAGGUGGGUGCUAUGCUAAGUGCAUUGAUCUUUCUCAAGAAAAGGAGCCUGAUAUCUGGAAUGCUAUCAAGUUUGGAACUGUGUUAGAAAAUGUGGUGUUUGAUGAGCACACUCGGGAGGUGGACUAUGCUGACAGAUCAGUUACAGAGAAUACUCGAGCAUCCUAUCCAAUUGAAUACAUUCCAAAUGCAAAAAUACCCUGUGUUGGUCCACACCCCAAGAAUGUUAUCCUUUUGGCUUGUGACGCAUUUGGCGUUCUCCCACCUGUGAGCAAGCUGAACCUGGCACAGACCAUGUACCAUUUCAUAAGUGGUUACACUGCUCUGGUGGCGGGCACAGAAGACGGUGUGAAAGAACCACGGGCGACAUUCUCAGCUUGCUUCGGUGCAGCCUUUAUAAUGUUUCAUCCUACCAAGUAUGCAGCUAUGCUAGCUGAGAAGAUGCAGAAACAUGGUGCAACAGGAUGGCUUGUCAACACUGGUUGGUCAGGUGGAAGCUAUGGAUCCGGUAGCCGAAUCAAGUUAGCAUACACAAGGAAAAUUAUUGAUGCCAUACAUUCUGGCAGCCUCUUGAAAGCAAAAUACAGAAAAACUGAAAUAUUUGGGCUUGAGAUCCCCACUGAGGUUGAAGGAGUGCCUUCUGAAAUACUGGAUCCUGUGAACACAUGGUCAGACAAGAAAGCUUACAAGGAUACACUGCUGAAACUGGCUGGUCUCUUCAAGAAUAACUUCGUAACAUUCACAGAUCACAAGAUUGGAAAGGACAACAAGCUCACUGAGGAGAUUCUGGCAGCUGGUCCAAUUUUCUGAAUCUCACUGAAUGGAAAAUGGGGGAGAAACCAUAUCUGAAGGAAUUAGGAUAGACAUCUUAUAGAAUAAAAAUUAGGUGGAAGAUUUGAGUCAUUUAUGUCAUGAUAUAUGUAUAACUGUUACCAUGCUGUAUUCAUAAUCAUGAAAUAAAAUUUUUUUACAUCAGAACUA